GGUUUUUUAUUUUAUUUAAUUUUAUUUGUGCAAAUGGUGUCGUCUGUCGGUCCAUCACAUUUCUAAACAAUUUCUCUCUCUAAAAAACUCAAUUCAACUGAAUCCUCCCUAAAAACUCUCCUUCUCCCAUGGAUCCGCCAACCUCUUGGGACUCCUUGCGAAACCAGGCAAGGAAGCUUGAAGCUCAAUUGGAUGAUCAAAUGCAUUUGUAUCGUAAAUUAGUUUCAAUUAAAGUUGAUGAUGGUAGCGAGAACGAUCUUGCAUCAGGGAUACAACAAUUACUCAAACAACUGCAUCAUGUAAUUUCACAAAUGCAAGCAUGGGUGUCAUCGGGAGGAUCAGAAAUAUUUUCUCACACAUUAACUCGUCAUCAAGAAAUUCAUCAUGAUCUUAGUCAGGAGUUCAAUCGGCUUCGAUCUAGCCUCAGAGCGAAAAGAGAGCAUGCAUCACUGCUCGAGGAUUUCAGGGAGUUUGACCGAACAAGAUUAGAUCUUGAAGAGGGUGGUGCGUCUCAAGAGCAGUCUCUCCUUAAGGAGCGUGCUACUCUUAUGAGAAGUACGGGGCAGAUGGACGGUGUAAUAUCACAAGCACAAGAAACUUUAGGUACACUUAUGUUUCAACGUUCAACAUUUGGCGGCAUCAAUUCGAAGCUUAGCAACGUUAGCAGCCGCCUCCCAACCGUGAAUAGCAUUUUGUCAUCGAUAAAGAAGAAAAAAUCUAUGGACACGAUCAUUCUUUCGUUAGUUGCAUCUAUUUGCACGUUUCUAAUCUUGAUUUACUGGUUGACAAAAUAGCAAGGGAUCAUUGGAGUCUGGCAACAGUUGGAGGUAUGACUCAACUGCCCAAAUCGUUAUAUAGGAGGUAUAUUGAUUCGUAUGUACGUGUCAUUAUUUUUUUUGGGGACUCAGUGUGUCGCAAGUGUAUUUGAAAAUCGACCCUUUUGAAGUUAUAUGAUCAACGUCUUCAAACA